AUGACCAUGGGACUUGGCAAGGACACGACCAUCCCGUACGGGCUUGUCGGCGUGGGGUACAUCGCCAACGAGGCCAUCAUCACCACCGAAGAAUCGCUCUCGGCGGACUUGUGGCUGAACGAUCUGGAUGCGAGCACGGGAAGUGUUCUCUUCGGCGGCAUAGAUACGCGGAAAUAUGUGGGCAACCUGACGAGAAUUCCCAUCCUCGAGGAUGGCGUGACGGGUCAGUAUGACUCCUUCAUAGUAGAGCUCACGUCGAUAUAUGCGGCCAGCUCUAGCGGUAUCGACCAGCUGAUAUCGCGUGACGAUCCCGUCGAGGUCGUGCUUGAUUCGGGCACGACCCUCACUUAUCUGCCUCAGGACUUGGCGCAAGAGAUCUGGGAAGAAGUGGGUGCGGUAUACAGCGCAUCGAUAGGGCUAGCUGUCAUCCCUUGCAGGAUGCAGAAGAGCACGGGGUACUUCUCCUUCACCUUUGCAGGGACGGGCGGACCGACGGUCAAGGUCGCGAUGGACGAGCUCGUACUGGAUCUUGUUCUCGAGGGACCGGCACCGACCUUCACGUCUGGAACGUACGAGGGCGAGGACGUAUGCGAGUUUGGGAUUCAGAACGCCACGGGCACCUACCUCCUCGGCGACACGUUCUUGCGCAGCGCUUACGUGGUGUACGACCUGAUCAACAACGAGAUCGGCAUUGCACCGACCGAUUUCAACGCAACAGGGUCCAACAUUGUGACUUUUGCAAGCCAGGGCGCCGUAAUCCCGUCUGCCACUCUUGCUCCUAACCAGACCUUGGCUACGAGCACGGCGACAGCCACGCAGCCAGCUUUCGCAGCCGAAGCUGGAUUCUCCAACGGAACUAAUGCCGCGAAUCUGUCCCCCGAGGUCGUCAGGGAGCGCAUGAGCCCUGAAGAGAGGAAGCGCCUGUCUAUGGUUCGAAAUAUUGGUAUUGCGGCACACAUCGACAGCGGUAAAACGACAUGUACGGAACGAGUUCUUUUCUACACGGGCAGAAUCAAGUCGAUCCACGAGGUUCGAGGCCGUGACAGCGUCGGCGCCAAAAUGGACUCUAUGGAACUGGAACGCGAACGAGGAAUUACCAUCCAAUCUGCUGCGACAUUCUGCGACUGGGUCAAGAAGGAAGACGGGAAAGACGAGACUUACCACAUCAACCUAAUUGAUACCCCUGGCCACGUUGACUUCACAAUCGAGGUCGAGCGUGCGCUGCGGGUCCUGGAUGGUGCUGUCAUGAUUUUGUGCGCUGUCUCUGGCGUGCAGAGUCAGACCAUCACCGUCGACAGGCAGAUGAAGCGGUACAACGUGCCCCGGAUUAGCUUUGUCAACAAGAUGGACCGCAUGGGUGCCAACCCCUUCAAGGCGGUUGAGCAGAUCAACUCCAAGCUUAGGUUCCCUGCUGCUGCUAUCCAGAUCCCCAUCGGCUCCGAGAAGGAGUUUGAGGGUGUGGUCGACCUGAUUAACAUGCGUGCUAUCCGGAAUGACGGUCAUCGAGGUGUCCAUCUCAAGAUCUCCGACCAGAUCCCCGAGGAUCUCAAGGAGCUCGCCCAGCAGAAGCGCCAGGAGCUCAUCGAAAAACUUGCCGAUGUCGACGACGAAAUCGCCGAGAUUUUCCUUGACGAGAGAACGCCUACGCCUGAGCAGAUCAAGGCCGCUAUCCGCCGUGCCACCAUCGAUCGCAAGUUCACCCCUGUCCUGAUGGGCACAGCACUGGGCGACAAGUCCGUGCAGCCAAUGCUCGACGCGGUCUGUGACUUCCUGCCGAACCCCGCCGACGUUGAGAACAUGGCCCUCGACCGCUCACAGAAGGAGAAGCCUGUUCAGCUCGUGCCGUACAACGCGCUACCCUUCGUCGGCCUGGCCUUCAAGCUCGAGGAGAAUCCCUACGGUCAGCUUACCUACAUCCGCGUGUACCAGGGCUCCCUCAAGAAGGGCAGCUACUUGUUCAACUCCCGCACUGGCAAGAAGGUUCGCAUCCCUCGUAUCGUCCGCAUGCACUCCAAUGAUAUGGAGGAUGUGGCUGAGAUCGGUGCCGGCGAGAUCUGCGCCGUGUUCGGUGUUGACUGCGCCUCUGGAGAUACCUUUACCGACGGCAACCUCCCCUACACCAUGAGCUCCAUGUACGUCCCCGACGCCGUUAUGUCGCUGUCCAUUAAGCCCAAGCGCAGCAGUGACGCGGAUCCCUUCUCCAAGGCCAUGAACCGUUUCCAACGCGAGGAUCCCACCUUCCGCCUGACCGUGGACGAGGAGUCGGAGGAGACCAUCAUCUCUGGUAUGGGCGAGCUACACCUGGAGGUCUACGUCGAGCGCCUGCGCCGCGAGUACAAGGUCGACUGCGAGACGGGCCAGCCUCGCGUGGCCUACCGUGAGACCAUCACCCGCCACGCCGACUUCGACUACCUGCUGAAGAAGCAGACGGGCGGCCCCGGCGAUUUCGCUCGCGUGAUGGGAUUCAUCGAGCCGUACACCGGAGAGGCGGAAAAGAACCACUACGAGUCUCAGGUCGUCGGCGGCACCAUCCCCGACAAGUUCCUGUCGGCCUGCGGCAAGGGUUUCGAGCUGGGCUGCGAGAAAGGCCCCCUGCUAGGCCACAAGGUCAUCGGCUGCAAGCUUGUCGUCAACGACGGCGCGACACACGUGACGGACUCGUCGGAUUAUGCCUUCCAGAUGGCCACGCAGGCCGCCUUCCGCAAGGCCUUCAAGGAUGCCGGCGGCACGGUCCUCGAGCCGCUGAUGAAGACGACCAUCACAGCGCCCAACGAGUUCCAAGGAAACAUCAUCAUGCUGAUGAACAAGCGGGGCACCAUUCUGGACACCGAAAUUGGACCGGAAGAUUUUACCCUCAUAGCCGACUGCUCGCUGAACGCCAUGUUCGGCUUCAGCUCGCACCUGCGGGCUGCGACACAGGGCAAGGGAGAGUUUAGCAUGGAGUUCAGCCACUACGCGCCGGCACCGCCGCAGCUGCAGAAGGAACUCAUCGCCAAGUAUGAGAAGGAGAAGUUCGCCAAAUAAAAGGCACACAGUUGAGAGCGGCGACCGGGACUCUCUUUUGAGGUCGUGGGCCAGCCCAGAUCUUCAGGCUGUGCAAUGUUGAUGAUCUUCCUGCGGGGUAAAAAAACAAAACGCGUUAUAGAGAUGAUCUUCUAGACAUGUACCAUACGACCAGUGUGCGCUUGGACAUAUAGACCAGCGCGCAGCAUUUAAAUUUCUACUAUAGACAGAGAGAGGGGAAAAUGCGGCGAGGACUAGAAGAGGGGAAAAGAAAAGGGAGGUCGGGUUCUUUGAAGGAGAAGAAGACCAUUUGAAGAAAGCGGUCAUGAUCGCAUUGUGUAAAAAACUUAACGAGCGCGAGAAAGAAAUUGGAUAGAUAACCAAUCCUCACUCAACAG